AUGAUGUCAUAUAUGAUGUGAUGAUGUGCUAAAUCCUCCUAGAGAGAGGAAGAGUGUGAAACAGAGAAUCGGAGAGAAUGAAAUUAGCAGCUUGUAGGCAGACGAGAGAGAGAGAGAGAGAGAGAGAGAGAAUGAGAGAAAGAGAGAGAGAGAGACUUUAGAGUCUUAUCACUCCCGUGGAUCUGCAGCUGAGCAGCUGAGCUCACCAAAAGAUCGUCGUCUCGGGAUCGUGAAUGAGAGAAAGAAGAGGAGGAGAGAGCAAAUGACAGCAGUAAAUUUGACCGUGGGGGAAGAACGAGUGAAGAAUCUGAAGAGACGAGACGCAGAGAGAGAGAGAAAGAGAGAGGGAGAGAGAGAGAGGUGGAAUAUGCUGAACCUGACGAAAAGCGCUGGACCGUCCUAACAUCCCCUCGCUCCCUCCCUUCCUCCCUCCUCUUCUAGCCGGCUUCUUUGUCACUGACCCUGAUCAAGAUCCUCUCAGCGUGUGUGUGUGUGUGUGAAGUGUCUCCGCAGUGCUCACACUUACACUCACAUUCAACCGAACACAUUCACACGCACAUGUUCUCUCACACACACACACAGAAGAGGAGGAGGACGGCUCAGGAUUAAGGCAGGACUAACUUUCCUCUUCUCUGAGAUGGACUGAAGUGAGCGUCCACCGUCCUGCACACUCCUACAAGACGCACAACUCCUCCAGAUCUCCACAGCGUCCUCGUCCUCAUCCUCGCCGGCCGUCAUGCAGGUGUCCAUCGCCUGCACCGAGCACAAUCUGAAGGGUCGGAAUGGAGAACACGGCAAGCCGAGUGCCACCAGCCCCAACGUGGUGAACGCAGCUCGCGCCAAAUUCCGCACCGUGGCCAUCAUCGCGCGCAGCUUCGGCUCCUUCACCCCACGCCACCACAUCUCCCUCAAAGAGUCCACGGGAAAACACACGGGAAUGAAGUACCGGAACCUUGGGAAGUCUGGAUUGAGAGUAUCAUGUCUGGGUCUCGGAACCUGGGUGACCUUUGGAGGUCAGAUUUCUGAUGAGGUAGCAGAGCAGCUGAUGACCAUAGCCUAUGAGAGCGGUGUGAACCUGUUUGACACGGCCGAGGUUUACGCUGCAGGAAAAGCUGAAGUCAUCCUGGGAAACAUUAUCAAGAAAAAGUGCUGGAGGAGAUCCAGUUUGGUGAUCACCACAAAGCUCUACUGGGGAGGAAAAGCAGAGACUGAGAGAGGUCUUUCCAGAAAGCAUAUAAUAGAAGGUCUGAAAGGCUCCCUACAGAGGAUGCAGCUGGAAUACGUGGAUGUGGUCUUCGCCAACCGUCCUGACAGCAACACGCCCAUGGAGGAGAUCGUGAGGGCGAUGACCCACGUGAUCAACCAAGGGAUGGCUAUGUACUGGGGGACGUCUCGAUGGACAGCCAUGGAGAUUAUGGAAGCGUACUCGGUGGCCAGACAGUUUAACCUCAUCCCCCCAGUGUGUGAACAGGCGGAGUAUCACCUCUUUCAGAGGGAGAAAGUGGAGGUGCAGCUCCCCGAGCUCUACCACAAGAUAGGUGUAGGAGCCAUGACGUGGUCACCUCUGGCCUGUGGAAUCAUCAGUGGAAAGUAUGAAAACGGUAUCCCAGAAUCCUCCAGGGCUUCAAUGAAGUCAUAUCAGUGGCUGAAGGAGAAGAUCAUGAGUGAGGAUGGGAGGAAGCAGCAGGCUAAGCUGAAGGAGUUAUCUCACAUCGCCGAGAAGCUCGGCUGCACUCUGCCACAGCUGGCUGUAGCCUGGUGCCUGAGGAACGAAGGAGUGAGUUCGGUUCUCUUAGGCACCUCUAACCCAGAACAGCUAACAGAAAAUCUGGGAGCCAUUCAGGUUCUACCCAAGAUGACGUCCCAUAUAGUGACCGAAAUCGACCACAUACUCGGAAACAGACCGUACACUAAGAAGGACUAUCGCUCCUAGGGGUUUGGGUGACAUCGUCCCAGUGUGUUUCCUGAUCUGAACCUCUCC